UGCUGCCCAGGCUGACUGUGUACUAAUUGGAUGAUGUCUAUUAUUAUUGGUUUACUACAGUUGUUAAUAUUAUGCAAAAUAUCUUUGAUCGAUAAAGAGCUUCUCCUGGUCCUUUGGGCAUGGCUUUCUGAGGUGAAGACGACCUCUGGGAUGCUCACCCUGCCCUCUUCCCCUCUCAUCCCCAUCUGUCCCCUCUGCCACCAUGAGGAACAUUUUCAAGAGGAACCAAGAGCCUAUUGUGGCUCCUGCCACCACCACCGCCACGAUGCCCAUUGGACCCGUGGACAACUCCACCGAGAGUGGGAGUGCUGGGGAGAGCCAGGAGGACAUGUUUGCCAAACUGGAGAAGUUCUUCAAUGAGAUUAACAAGAUUCCCUACCAAGGAGUUCUAUUAUCAGAGUUGCUGUCCAACCUGUACUUGCAUGGGAACCAGAACACGCUGAUGGAGGAGUCGGCAGAGCAGGCACAGUGGCGAGAUGAGAUGCUGUGCAUGUACCACGUGCUGAAGGAGGUGCUCAGCAUCAUCGGUGACAUCAACACAACCACCAUCAGCACGCACGUGGGGGCCCGUGGACAACAACUGGCUGCAGGUGCAGAGCGUCCUUGCCAGAUGCAGGUACCAGGGCUGGCCCCCAUGGCCCCAAAGCUCCCCAGCCCCCAUGGCUGAGACUGGGGGCUCUUGGAACAGGCUCCGUGCCCAAGCUGGCAGAUGUGGGUGGUCUCUGGAGCCGUCAGGGAGCUCAUGGUUUAUGGUGUAAGGGCUGAGAGCUUGGAGGGGGUUGUGUGUGGGGCUGUACUCUGAGGUGGCCAGAGGCCCAGGAAUGUCAUCCUGGGCACGCCAUGC